AUGGGCUUUCGGGACAUGAAAGGCUUCAACAAAGCUCUGUUGGCAAAGCAGCUGUGGUCACUGAGUCAGCGGCCGGAGGCACUUAUCUCAAAACUUUUGAGGGCUAAAUAUCACAAACAAUGCACGAUUUUGGAAGCCCGUUUGGGCGGCCAACCUAGCUACAUUUGGCGGAGCAUCAUGGGCAUUCAAGAGUUCUUAUGCCAGGGUCUUCGAUGGAGAGUUGGAAACGGAGCACAAGUCAGAAUUUGGGGCGAUAGUUGGCUGCCUGAUGGGGAGGUCGCUUUCAUAAGUUCAGUCCCCAGAGUGUUGCCUGUUGAUUCUUUUGUUCGUGAGCUCAUUGAUCUGGUCACAGACCAAUGGGAUAUCGAUCUAGUUGGAAGAUGUUUCUCGGCGGAGAUUGCAGAAGCGGUGUUAGCCAUCCCUCUCCGUGCCAGUGAUGAGCAAGAUCGGCUUAUUUGGCGGCAUAACUAUCAUGGUGGCUACACUGUGCGAGAUGGCUACAGCAAAUGGCUGGAUGACUUCAAGCUGAGGGAAGGAAUAGCGAUGCAAGGAAGCCCCGAAUUUUGGAAGAAGGUCUGGAAGCUUAAUAUCCCACCCAAGGUAAGGCACUUCCUAUGGAAAUUCACUAGAGAAAUUUUACCCACGGGAGUGAAAGUUAAUGCGAAGAAUGACCAACGAAGCAAGACAUGCCCAUUCUGUAAUGAACCCGAGACUCAGAAGCAUUAUUUUCGCGAAUGUGCGUGGAGUUCCAGGAUUUGGCGGGCGUCUCCAUUCGCGAAGCUGUUCGAAACUCAGAACUAUGGGAAUUGCCUGGAGUGGGUGGUCGAGGUGAUGAAUGAGGUCCAGCAGCCGAUUGUCGAAGGCUGGGCGAUGCUCCUGUGGGCUUUGUGGAAGGAAAGAAAUGCACAGCUGUUUAAUGGAGCAAAGUGGCCGGAGCAUGAAAUUGUCCUGAAGUCCCAGAGUCUGUUAGAAGAGUACCAAGUGCAGCAGCAGCGGAAUGACAAUAUGUCUGUAGGUACUGAGCAUAGGAAGUGGAGAAGACCACCGACAGGCUGGACGAAGGUAAAUACGGAUGCAGGGAUGCUAGCAGGAGGGGGGUUCGGGCUGGGGGCGGUGAUUCGCGAUCACAAUGGCAGGCUAAUAGCGGCGGCCGCGAAGAACAUUAGAGGUAGCCACACAGUUGAGAUGGCGGAGAUCCUGGCAGCGGAGUUUGGAGUUCAAAUUGCAAAUCAGUUGGACGUGACUCGGGUAGCGCUUGAAGUUGAUUCUCUAUGCCUUGUUCGACAUAUGCCGGAGGAGGGUGAGGUCAGUUCCGAAAUGGGCAUCAUAUGCCGAAAUAUUAAGAAACUAAUGAGGAGACCAGGGAUUGCAGAAGGCACCAUCAGCCACGUUCGACGGGAGGCAAAUCAGGCGGCGCACAUUAUGGCCCAUAGUAAAACCAAUUGGGAGACGAGAGAAGUUUGGCUCGACAGAGCGCCUGUUUUUUUGUUAGACCAGCUACGGCUGGAUGAUGUAGCCAUUGACCUGAUUUAA